AUGACCCGGAAAAUGUGGGGCUUAAUUCCUGUGUUGGACUGCUCUCAGCUGCUGAAGCUGUGCUCUUCGCAGUGCAAACCCUCCAUCUGCCACAUCAGGACCCCCGACCCCCGGGCCGACCCUCCUCAGAGCAUCAUGACGGACCAGGCUUAUGUAACAUUGGCCACCAACGACAGCUACGCCAAAGGAGCGAUGGUUCUCGGCCAGUCGUUACGAGACCACAACACAACCAAGAAACUUGUCGCCCUUAUAGGACCUCAUGUUGCAGAACCUUGCAGAGAUGCACUGCGCUCCAUUUUCGAUGAGGUGUGUGUCGUCAAUGUCAUGGACUCCGGUGAUGUGGCUCAUCUGUCCCUGAUGAAGCGUCCUGAUUUGGGAGUAACCUUCACAAAGCUGCACUGCUGGACGCUCACACAAUACACCAAGUGUGUGUUCAUGGACGCAGACACACUGGUGCUGUCAAAUAUAGAUGAGCUCUUUGAGAGGGAGGAGUUAUCUGCAGCGCCGGAUCCUGGUUGGCCAGACUGUUUCAACUCCGGGGUGUUUGUUUUCAUACCGUCCAAUGAAACGCACGAGAAGCUGCUCACGUUCUGCGCUGAAAACGGCAGCUUCGACGGUGGAGAUCAGGGUGUUCUCAACAGUUUCUUUAAUACUUGGGCGACGGCAGACAUAUCUAAACACCUCCCCUUCAUCUACAACCUCAGCAGUAUCGCCAUCUACUCCUAUCUGCCAGCUUUCAAACAGUACGGCCAUGAAGCCAAAGUGGUGCACUUCCUUGGCAAGGCGAAGCCAUGGAGCUACUCCUACGAUGCUCAGAGGGGCGAGGUCAAAGGUCACUCCGUGUCCCCUGACCAGUGCCAUCUGCACCCGGACUACCUGCUCAUGUGGUGGCAGUUGUACAGCAAAUCUGUGCUGCCUCUGCUGCAGCGGGCCUACGGGGACACUCCCUUCCACAGCGGCUUUGUGGAGGCAAACGAGGAUGUUAAGAUUCAUGAGGAUGUGAGAGAGGAUUCGGCUCCCCCUGCUCCUGCUCCUCGUCCACAGAUUUCAUCAGAGGAGAGGAAGAAGCGCUGGGAAGCGGGCCAGAUCGACUACCUUGGUGACGACUCCUUCGUCAACAUCGAGCGCAAACUUAAUUCCUUCUUAAAGUAGCAGAGGGGCAGAUGAGGUAAUGCGACAGACAGAGAGAGCACC